AUGAACAUCAAUGUUAAUGAAGAUUCAGACCUCUUGAGUUCCCUCUGCAUUGACCUUCAGUCGCACCAUUUUAGUGACUACACCGUACAUACUCCAGGCCGCAAACUUCCAUGCAUCGUGGAUAGCAAAGAUCAGUCCCCAUCGCAUAUCAAUUUCCUCCGCAUCUCGCUCACUCCCCGCCGCCGAAAUGGCAUCGACACUCUUGCCCUUAGGUCAGUGGACAAGCACGCGACCAUGGGCGACUUCCAGCUCACAUAUGAUGCAGAAUUAAUCGACAAAUGUGUCGGUUCGAGGAUCUGGAUUGUGAUGAAGGGCGACAAAGAAUUUGCCGGCACAUUAUUAGGCUUCGAUGACUACGUCAACAUGGUCUUGGAAGAUGUGAUCGAGUUGUGA